AUGCCUCCUCUUUCGAGACAUACAGCUGGAGCACCACUAACGCGAGCUGGUGGCAGAUUUAUAGCACGAGGAUCCCAGAACGAUGCAAUACCCAAAGAAGAACCCAGCCAAAGUCUAAAAGCGGAACCUGCCACCGACGAUGAGCCAUUGAGUUCUAGUGAGGAGGAGAGCGAUAGCGAACGAUUAAGGAAGCAAGAGGAAGAGGAAGAGGAAGAGAGGAAGAAAGAAGAGGAUCGACAGGCUGAGCAGAAAGUUGCAAAGGAUAUUAGCAAGAAAGGCGCGGGCAAACGAAAGCGGGAUGAUGGGAACAAGAGCAAUCCGCCUUCUUCAAGUACACCCAGGGAGGAUGACGGGUCUUUCUUUGGUGGUAUCAGAUCAUCACAGAAGAGCAGCAGUCAGGGAUACGGGAACAAAUCCAGUGGGAACAAMCCUGCCGUAUUCCAAAUGCCCCAGGAAGUAUAUUUGAAGGACAGGAAAUUUGAAAGUUUCGAAAACUUCAAGAAUCCAAAAAAGAUCACCAUUGCAAGCCCUCGCAAGUCGCAAAAAAAGACUAGAGGAUCGACUGCCAAUGGCUCCAAGAAAAAAAAAGACACUAUAUUCCGUAUGCCUGCGCCCCUUAAGGAGGACCCAUCUGACAAUAUGCCAUUGUCGGUCAGCCAUUUCAAGGAACCUCCAGGGCAGUCUACCACAAGCGCCCCCAGUUCUGCAUACACUGCCGCAGACUUCGAUUUCGAUUUUGAUGACUUAUCAUCACUCAGCUCGCCGCCGUCUGAAUUGGCUUCGUUAUUAUCAGCAGAUGAUGAUGAGUACAUGCAAAAUGCACCCGCGAAAAUAGACCAGUCGCUUUGCCCCAACUGCAACGCCCCUGUCAACCCAGAAAUACUACGCGAAUAUCUUCUAAGGCCAAAUCGACGUUUAAAAGACGAUCGUCUCUUUUGUGAAAGUCACAAGAUGAAUACGGCAGAGAAGGAUUGGACGGAUAACAAAUAUCCCACGAUUGAUUGGGAUGUGUUCGACAAGCGAAUUCAAGAACAUCUUUCAGAACUUGAACGCCUUCUAGUACCUAACCCUUCGACGUUUUUCCGCGGUCGUUUUGAGAGCACUUUGAGUGAUGGACAAGCCAAAGUCUUCAAGUUUGACUUGGAGGGCGAUAGUAUAGAAGGGUUGUCGUGCGGUUAUUACGGUCCUCAAGGGGCAAAUAAAAUGUUGAACUUUAUAACGUCAAAAUACUCCGGCAAGCUCCGUCAACUAGCGGCUACGGACAAGGUCGUCAAAGCCGCGGGAGCAGCUGCAUAUGCGCAAGCUGUGCUUGUCCCAGAAUUGACCGUCCUUUUAAUCAAAGAAGAUAUGAAGGUCGACAGUCAGGACGCUCGGCAAAUCCUGAGGGAAAGCACUGAGAUUGGAUUAAGACUCAAUCCAGCAGAACAGGAUCAGAUCCAUGUGGCAGAAAACUGA